UGACUUGGCGGUAGAUCUUAACAGUUCUUUUUCGAACCCUAAUCCGUAGGGAUAAAACAUCAUUGAUCAAAUUCUAUUCAAGCUACUCUGGGCACACCGUUCAACUUCACUUGUUCUUGGGUUUUUCUUUUUGUGACAAAAUUAACCAUUAUCUUUCAUUUAGCCAGUUCUGUGGUUGCACAAAUUCCGUAUUUUCCUCUUGUUUGAUUUUCUAGUGAUUAAGCAGAGAGAUUGCUGAAUUCUGGCUUGAGGAUUUUGGGAAUUCUGGGAAUCACUCCAAUUCAUGGAUUAGGGGGUGAAUCGGCUCAACCGGCUACGAGGAGUAUGGAAAAUCAAGUGCAAUUGCAGUCAUAAGUUUCCAAUUUGAAAUCAACCAGUGAGGCUACUUGAAUUUUGGUCUGUAGAUGUUAUUUUCGUACUAGUAAAAAUGGGGGAAAGUGAAGGAUCUGGUUCUGGGAAUUUGAAGUCGGCUCGCCCUACAGUUGCUGAGAAACUCUGGGAUGGUUCCCUGAAUCUUAAUUCUUCUGUAACUGUGUCGGUCGUUUCCUUCUUCAAAAGUGGUGAGAAGAUGCCUGAUAUCAAGUGGCCUGAACAUGUAGAAGUCAAAGGAAAAGUUAGACUAGAGGCUUUUGAGAAAUAUAUUCAAGAGCUUGCUCGCUCACGCAAUAGAGGGUUGAUGGUAGUAUCACUUUGCUGGAAAGAAGGGUCUUCUAAAUCAGGACUAGUAGGCUUGAAUCAGAUUGCGAAAGGGUACAAGAAAGGGGAAAGAGUGGGGUUUGCUCAGCUCUCACCAGGUAUUGAUCUUUACAUAUGUCCUCGAAGUGAUGCCAUAAUCACCAUACUUGCAAAACAUGGAUUUUUCAAAGGCAUGGCAGCUAUUGAAGACAGGAAAAACUCAUUAGUUGGUUGUGUUGUUUGGAGAAGAAAUCAUGGACCUGCAGAUUCUAUCACGAAGAAGCAUGAGGGAAAACGUUCUUCCUUGACAGAGCAGCCCCUGAGUUCCUACACCGAGCAAAAGGUUUCUGAAAAUGACUUGCCAUGUACUCAACCUUCUAAAGAAUCAGUGACAUGCGCAACCACUGAGAGUGCUGUAAUCAAUAGAAAUGAAGGUGACAAUGCAGGUAAUGACAGCCAGCUUGCACUGCAUAUGUCUCCUGCCAGUGCUGAUCUCUUGCUCAAGACUUCAGCAUUGAGCAACUUCUCUGGUAUUUCACUAGGACUUCAAACAUCAUCGUGUUCUGAUUCUGUCUCUCUCUCCAGACCCAAGGGGCAGUCUUCUGUAAAGGAAAUGCCUCGUGUGGAUAACUCAAAACCGGAAGAUAUUAAAUCUUUUUUGAGACCUGAAAAUCCUGCAUUAUCUCUGCCACCAGUUAUUAUAAAAGAGCACAUUCCUUCCAUUGAUGAUGAUGAUCUUCCAGAAUUUGAUUUUGGUGGGAUAUCUAAAACUCCAGGAAGUAAGGUUUUGGAUAUAACAGUGUUUGAAAAAAAUGUUGUGGUGGAAGGAUUAAAGAAAGUUGUUUUGACAUUUCCUUUGGCUUCGCCUACUAUGCAGUCCUUACCUGCUCAGAAUAAAAGGCUGGCAGAAGAUUUCCUUCCCCCUGGGUUCGUAUCCAACAGUAGCCUAAACUUGCCUCCAGGAAAGAAAGUUUGUAAAAUUGAUCAGGUAUCAGUUUUACCAGUUUUAGAAGCAAAACAUACUGCCGAAAGCAGCUCAGUAUUCACGCCUGUUAUCGCUAGUAUAGUUGCACCACAAAAGAAUAUUUUCGUUGAUGACGAUGACAUGCCUGAAUGGUAUCCACCACAUGUAGAGCUCCCCAAGCAAACUUUUCUCAAAUCAGAAACGGUAGUAAGAACUUCUAUCCAUCCUACUUUAUCGAACCCCAAGUUAAGAAGUUCAUCUCCAGGUCAUCCAAAUCCCCCAUUCCCUUUAGCUUGUCAGUUGCCUUUUAAUACCCGAAGACCAAGUUACGCAAAUCAGUCUCUGCUAACUUCCUGUGGGAAACCACUACAACCGAGACCCAAUUCCAUCCAACUUUUGAGGCCACCCAUCCACCACCCUCAGUGGGAGGGCAAGGGUCGAUGAAACCAGUUAAUUGCUCAAUAUAUGUGAGAUAGUUAAAGCACUGUACAAAGCUUGCUCCACAAGGGGAUGGACGAUGACUUCAAAGAAUCUAUAAGGUAAAGAGAAAUAUGGAUUUGCAAAUAAAGAAUUUGGUUUAAUGGGGCUUCACUAUACAACAGUUUUCCAUCUCCAGUUUGUCAGGUUUUCUGCAUUUUAGAUUAUAAUGUUUUCUAAAUACUUUUAUCUUAAACCUAUCUUCAGCUGAAGCAAAAACUUACCGAAUCUAUGGUGAGAAUUGUCUAAGGUGACACUUUGACCCUUUAUAAAAUGCUGAAAUAUGCUCUAUGCUAA